GUGUAUCCAUGACGCACUUUCUAUCAUUCUGAGACUGCGGACGAGAACUCGGGUGCCCGGUGUCCGCCGACAGCGCAUGCGCCUGAGUGCUCACGAGAAGGGAGGAGGCAAGACAAUGCAAGGAAGAGCAUAGACAGCAAGGCGCAGGUUUCCGACCUCCUUAUCUGCUCCUCUGCGCUGGCACGAGCGGAGCCGCUCCGAGCUUUCCUGUGGUUGACGUAAAAAGGAAGGAACCCAACGACAGAGAGAAAGCAAGCGGAAUCCCGGACAUGUCGCAGACAGCCAUGUCAGAGACUUACGAUUUCCUUUUCAAGUUCUUGGUCAUUGGAAAUGCUGGAACGGGCAAAUCAUGCCUUCUCCAUCAGUUUAUUGAAAAGAAAUUUAAAGAAGACUCAAAUCACACGAUAGGGGUAGAAUUUGGAUCCAAAAUCAUAAAUGUUGGUGGAAAAUAUGUCAAGUUGCAAAUAUGGGAUACUGCUGGGCAAGAGAGAUUCAGGUCUGUUACAAGAAGUUAUUAUAGAGGUGCUGCUGGAGCUUUGCUUGUUUAUGAUAUCACCAGCCGAGAAACCUAUAAUGCUCUUACCAACUGGCUGACAGAUGCACGAAUGCUGGCUAGCCAAAAUAUUGUAAUUAUUCUGUGUGGGAACAAAAAAGAUUUAGAUGCUGACCGAGAAGUCACAUUUUUAGAAGCUUCUCGAUUUGCACAAGAAAACGAACUAAUGUUUUUGGAAACCAGCGCGCUAACAGGAGAAAAUGUGGAGGAAGCAUUUGUACAGUGUGCAAGAAAAAUUUUAAAUAAAAUUGAAUCAGGUGAACUAGACCCAGAAAGGAUGGGCUCCGGCAUUCAGUAUGGAGACGCUGCCUUGAGACAGUUGAGGUCACCACGUCGAGCACAGGCCCAAAGUGCUCAGGAAUGUGGCUGUUAAGAUCGUAUCCAUGAACC